GCUUCUUAGCUCACUGCGAUCUGCGUAACCGUGACUCUGGCCACGUAAUUUGUUCGACGUCACUGGUUGCCAUGGCAGCGGGAAAGCCUGGCGUCUCCAGGGAAACAGAAAGCGUCAACAAUCCAAACCGCUUUUUAUUUUGUUUAUUAGUUUUUUCUGAAUGGAUUGUCUUGGGGUAUCUUCCGCAAAGAGCCUCCGGGCUCUGUCUGCCUUGUUGUCCAGUCAGCAGGAUGAAGAAGAGGAAGAUGAGUGUAAAGAUGUGAAAGCAUAUGCACGUUUGGGUCCCGGACAUAUUGGCCCCCUACCCAAAAACGAAAAACAAGUGUCAACCGCAAACACGAAGAAGAACAGCAAAGAUAUCUGGUGUGAAGAAGAAGUGGCCGAAGGCUCACAGUAUGAUGAUCUGACUGACCCAAGGCCACAACCUGAGUAUGAAAUAAUCCUGAAGCAGAGUGUAGGAACAGAGGAUCUCUUCUUGGGAUUAAGCAGAAAGGAUCCAUCCUCCAUGUGUUGUGAAGCCAUGCUGGUAAAAAUCAAACUACCAGACACUAAAGCAAAAGAGGUGGUACUGGAUGUGAAAGAAAAGUUCCUUGAUCUACGGACGCCGAAAUACAAACUGGGGCUCCAUCUCCCCGAUCCGGUCCACAAAAAUGAGAGCAAGGCCCAGUUCUUCAGUGAGAGGGAGGAACUGGAGGUGACUCUACUAAUGAAGCGUCCUAUGGACUUCAUCAAUAUGCAAUGAAAAAGGAUGAUUUAGCAGCAAAUAACAUUAUACAAACUGACACAUUAAGUAUUAAAACCAGAAAGGAAUUGGAAAAUAAUCAGCAAAAACUCUGCUAUGAAUUUCUUCAUGAAUUUUGUGAGUUUAAGCUAUUGCUUGUGCCAUCACAGCCUCUAUGACUGUUAAAUUGUGGAUUUCUAAUAAAUACUUGACUCCAAAA